CACAGCAUUUAAUCGCAUGUUUGUCUUCUUAACUAACCAUGUGAAAGAUUAGGAUCCGUAUGACCAAUAGGGGGAAAAGGCAGGGCAAGGCACUUGUUACCUAUUCCAGCUACUCAAAGAGGAGUCGAAGCCAGCCAGGGAAUUUAAAUAGACUGUUUUGUCCAGAGACACGGUGUCUCCGUGUGACUCAAGAUAACGUGGACUUGCACCCACCUAGUGCUGGGUUGCAGUUGUGCAAAACAUCCCUCUCAGUAAAAUCUUACAGGGCUAAGUAAGGCCCUGGGGUUCUAGGGCAUACUUCAAAAAGGAGGGGGGGAAAAGGUAAGAACAUUUAACUUUUAGUCACAUAGUGAGCAAGCAGCGUCGCCUACCUAACAAUCCCCAAGCUUCCUUUUUUUUUUUUUUUUAUGGGGGGAGGGGGAAGACCCUCAGGCUGCCCAGGGUGGUGAGGCUAGCCUUACACUCCGGAUCCUUUCCACUUUCUGAAUGGUGGAAUUAGCAGAAUGCACAAAGACAUCGGGCUCUCCAGAUGAUUUUAAGUCAAGAGAAUUCAGUUUGUAGAAAGGACAGAUAAGAGAAGUAGGAAACGUUAGCCCUUCCUGGUUUCAUGGCAGUGGAUUUCCACGUCCUUCCCCCUUCUAGAGCUGAAGAACUCCACAUGUACUGAACUGUUCGGUCCCUCGGACUAACAAAUCCUCACAACAGGAGCUUGAAGCUGAGGCUAGCUGGAAUUCUGUGACUUCGAAAAGGAGCCUGUAGGGCCAACGCUUCUGAACCUGCUGCGCAUCACCCUCUCACACACACACACACAACCGGGCACUUCCGGUCCAUCUGGACCUUCGCUGCGAUUGCACAAAGCUUUAAUGAGUUAUCUUAGACGCGAGAUGUAACUCCUACCACCCAUGUCUGCACGAUCUCUCCCCCGAGCUGAGUCAUUUUUGUAGGUUUCUCUGACAACCAGCAGCCCGUUGAUAUGCUCUCAAAUCACACCCCCACAUUUCUUGAGAAAUACAGCUAUGCCCUACCGCAGGCAAACUCACAUAUUCCAAUUUUCUUAGCUCUAUGCGGUCUGCAAGGCUUGGGCAACCUACUCCACUCUCUUAAGUAUGGAAACCCUAUUAGCAGGUACAGGCUAUUGGCCCAAACGCCCUCGGGCCCACCUCAUUUGCUCCCGCCUCAGAAGUCAAAACUGUUUAUUAUAACGCUACGCGACCCUUUCAGUACCUGCGCCACGCACCACCGUGGCUAAGCCACCUGAAACCACCGGAUAAAUUAAGUCCAGAUUUUUCUGGUUCCGUUUUACAGACUUAGGACGCAAAGCGGCCCCCUCCACACGUCUCCUCAGGCAGGGUCCCUACACUUGGGAGCGAAAGCACAACGUCCAACCAGAGGUGUCAACCCUUGAAGCCCCACGACCUGCUCCGUGAGAUCCGACGCCGGGAGCCAGGCGCCGCCGUCACGUGACCUCCGCUCGCGGCGUCACAGGGACACGUGGUUCUAGAUACUUCGCUCCCUCCCCCUCGGGGGUGGAUUGUUGACAACGCCGCCGGCGGUCAUGUGACCUGACGUCAGUCCCCCACCACCACCACCACCACCUCCUCUCUCCCGAAAUCUCAGGCUCCGGAUGCGCCCGUCUCCGCCCGUGCGGCCGAACCCGAAACCAGCGACAGGGGGAGAGAGGCAAGACUGACCGCGGGGCAGCUGCGGAGCAUGUCGACCCCGGCCCGUAGGAGGCUCAUGCGAGAUUUCAAGCGAUUGCAAGAGGACCCGCCUGUGGGGGUCAGUGGUGCACCAUCUGAGAACAACAUCAUGCAGUGGAACGCAGUUAUAUUUGGACCAGAAGGGACGCCCUUUGAAGAUGGUACUUUUAAACUAGUGAUAGAAUUUUCUGAAGAAUAUCCAAAUAAACCACCAACCGUUAGGUUUUUAUCCAAAAUGUUUCAUCCAAAUGUGUAUGCUGACGGUAGCAUAUGUUUAGAUAUCCUGCAGAACCGAUGGAGUCCCACAUACGAUGUCUCUUCCAUCUUAACUUCAAUUCAGUCUCUGUUGGAUGAACCGAAUCCAAACAGUCCAGCCAAUAGCCAAGCAGCACAGCUUUAUCAGGAAAACAAACGGGAGUAUGAGAAGAGAGUUUCGGCCAUUGUUGAGCAAAGCUGGAAUGAUUCCUAAUAGACACCCGGUCUGUUCAUCUUUUCAUCGUUGUUGUGUAUAAUUUACCUCCCAGUAGAAAGGCUAGCAAGUUUUAAGUGCCACGGGUUUUAAGGAUUCUGCAGAGAGAAAAGAAAAAGUCCUUCAGUUUAGAACCUACAAAAGCUUGUGUAUCUUGAUUAAUGUACUUUUUAUUGCAUGGUGUGAACUAAGUUAUUGCUGCAUAAAUUUGUAAUAUAUCCUGUUUGUAUUUUUUUCCAAGUGUAUAAUGUUGGUGUGGAGUUUUCAUGACAGAAUAUACACAUUUUGUAAAUCUGUACUUUUUUCAAAUAUUGAAUGCCUUAUUUUUGAAUUCUUUAGAUUUUUAAAUUGGAGAAAAACACUUAAAGUUUUUUAUAUAUGAAUAUUACAUGUAAAGCUGUUAAAAUACAUAACUUCAGUGCAAGAGACUUUGUCACUUAUUUCCUUACCUGUGCAGGAGGGACUGUGCAGUCUCUAGCUCCCCGCCAGGUGAGAGCCUCAUUUCCAACUGCAGAAGAUCACACUUCUGUCUAUCAAGAAAGUCUGCAAAUUUGAUUCCAAAACCAAUUCUGAUCUCCGGCUUUAUUUUGAAUGUACUUAUGUUAGUUGAGUUGAGUAAUUAUAGACUUACUGGUCUGAUUCUGUCCAGCUCUGUAUUUGGGCCACUUGUUAACGUGUGUUUCUCAUGUUAAACUGUACCUAUUGUGACUUCACAAUUGGCACCUCCACCACGGGCAGAGCCGACUUGCUCUGCUGUGUGGCAGUACUUCACAGGCUUUUGAUUCAGAAGAAAGUAAAACCAUCACCACUUCCCAGACGCUGUGCUGCAGUAUUAGCCCUGGCCGGUUGCGUUGGUUUGAGCAAGGCAGAGAUUUGGAAAGAAUCUUGGUGUAACUUGAAUAUUUGCAAACUACCUUUUCGUGCAGCUGCGCGCUGUUUAUUCGGGAACUGUUGAGCUCCAGGGCCUGCCGAGUUGCUUCUCACCCUCAGUUGUGUACAAGCUGUACUGCAUCUUAGUUUACUGCGUAGAUUUAAAACACAGUAUUGUAGAAAGCCAAUACAAAGCUAUCCUAUGCCUCCAAAUAGUAUAGAAAAUGAAAAAUAUACAAGUAAAUUCUGUUGAACCACU